AUGACAAUCAUCGUCUUUCUGGUCGACAACAGCGGCUCCAUGUCCACGCGGACCGUGAAUGGAAUCAAUUAUAUGGACUUUGUCCGGCAAUUUGUGGAGGCAUUUCUCAAGGUGGGGGUUUGUCUUCGAAUUUUUCGGAUUUUAGGUCGGCGAGAUGGAAGAAUACUGUGAUUUUGGGGUGUACGGUAGCUGUAGGGUUUAUUGCAGCUGGCUUACUGUAAAGAAAUUUGCAAAAUUUGUCAGAAAUUUUUUUGAAGACAAUUUUAUAUUGUACUAGGCCAAAAAUUGAUGGUCCCUUGGAUUUUUGUGGACUCCAAGUUCCUUUGGGGCUUGUUGCUUCUGAAUUAUAGCCUAUUAGAUACAGUAGACGUUGUGUCAAGUUCUAGGCAGCUUUUACAAGAAGUUUAUAGCUUGAGUUUUCUAAAAUUAAGGAUUUUAUUACUUUAGGCUAUCAAAAAUUUUUUUGAGAAUUUUUAUGUCUUUUCCUAAAAUUUUAAUUUCUAUACUUGCAGCAGCGACAACGUGAUCCGAUCUCAAAAAAUGACAGGUAUAUGUUGAUGGGGUUCGAGGAGUAUCCCAGUAAUGUUAAGGUAAGCCAGAGCCUACUGUAAUGUCAAAUUUUCCCAACCUUUUCCAAUAAUCACAUCACGAAUUGCAGUCCGGCUGGAAAGAGGCCCAAAGUCACUUCAACGAGCAGCUUCGUCAGCUCCGGGCAUCGGGUUCAUCCGACUUUAUCGAGGCGUUUUAUAACGCGCUUCGGUUCGUCAACUUAAAUCGAACGCAAACGGGUAUCGAGAACUACGGGUAUGGCCGGUAUCCCAGCUUUUCCGAGCCGGUUGUAUUUAUUGCUGUUGUGGAUUACAAUAAUCUCGAUUUGUCCGAAGAAUUUGUAAGUUUUUUUUCGAUUUUUUGUUCGUUUUUAGGUCAUGGUGAAUAUACGGUUGUAUCUCUUCAGCAAGACGGGUUCCCUCCACUUCCUCAGCCCCUGGGCGAGCUGACGGAAGAACCAUUCAGAUGGGAUCAUCGGCUCUUCGUGGUGGGCUUGGACAUCCCGGGCCAUCCACCUUUGGACGAGAUUGAGGAUUGGAUGGAGGAAGAUGAAGAAGAGGAAUAUCCCGAGGAAAGCCCGACUUUUGAACACAGUGCUGCGAAGAAUAUGAUCCACAAGGUCAAUGGUGAGAUUUUACUUUUGUUUUUGAAUGUUUAGAAUGGACAAGCGCCAAGUUAUGACGCAAUAUUACACAUGAUGUCAAGUGCAAUAUAAUGAUGUCUGUAAAUCGGAAGUUUCAGGCAAAUUAUAUCGAAUGCGGGCUGCCAAACAGAUGAAUGCCAUCUUGGAUGCGGUAUUACAGAAAAUCCAAGUGAAUGGGGUGUUUGUUAGACUGCAGCAGCAUGGCCCAGAACCUUCAGCUCCGAAAAAUCCGUUGCCCGAAGUGCCAAAAGAAGAGGAAGAAGUUCUCACGGGUAUCACUGUUGUCGACGGAGAGGCCAAAGACGAUCAUGUGGCGAAGAACGAUCAAGGUAGUGUUUUUUAUAUUGAACUUGAUAUUAAUUUAGAUUUUUUAAAAUUUUAAAAUUUUUUGAAAAAUUACUGUAGCCAGUGCCGUGGAUGGAUAUCAUUAGUAUCAGUGGACUCUAAUUGACUUAAAAUUUUUAAAAUAACUAAAAUCGGAAUGAUUUCAGAGGUCAUCCAAGAAGAAGAACUUGACGGGAACAUAGUGGAUUGGAAGAAGUCCGUGGUACUGCUUCAUCGUGGAACCAAAGUCCAUACGAACACACAGUCAUCAUGGCCAAUACCUGAAAGCUAUUGGCCGGAUCAGUCAACGUAGGUGCCAGUUUUCAGCAUUUUUUUGGCGAUUGGCUGGGUCUAGUGUAAUAUCGAAAUUUUUAAUGGAUGUGGGGCACGUCAAGAAAUUUCGGGCAUUGCAAAGGUUCUCACAGCGAAAAAAAAUUCAUAAAAUCUGUCAUCCAAAUUGCACAUAACAGCAAUUUUUAACCUAAUUUUUUUUAUGGGAACUCUAGGGAGUACUGUUAGUCGUAUACAACUGUUUUUUAUACCGCUGUUACAUUCUAAAUGGGUGUCAUCGUGACGAAUUUUCUGAACAUGGUUCGAGCUAGGCUAAAAAUAGUGCAAAUUUCAAGGCCGAAUAUCAAAAAAACUGUCCCAUCAACCGGGACGAGACCGGUGUAGAUACUCGAAGAACAGUUUAAGGAUUUUUUUGACGUAGAGCGUAUACCUCCUCCCAGUGCUCUCUGACUCGGUAUCGUCGAUACAAACUUUUAUUUAGACGUUGUAUUCUACGCCUUGGAAGACUGUCAAAACACUAUGAUUAUGGCUAUAUUUUGGUUCUAUUAGCUUAAGCAACUCUCGAGCUUUCUAUUGGUAGCAAUAUCUUGUGAUUUACUAAUAAUCUUUAUGUCAAAAUAUUGCAAGCCAUUUGGACAAAAACGAAUUUGCACAGGGCAGAAUGCCAAAAAAAAUCUAGGCUUUUUCAUUGGGCGCCCGUUUUUCUUUUAUUUUUUCUUGACGUGUGGGGCUUAUAGUAAGAUGUAGAUGGCCUGAAUGACAACUAAAUGAGAGAUAGAGAUGUAGUAGAAUAGGUAUUUGAAGAAUUGAGCUGUGUGUUUGGAGAAAACACUAAGUUUUUUCACUAUGUAUAAUGUCGAGAUGAUGUUGAAAAAUUGACUUUUUCAAAUAGUCGAUGGCGGUAUUAAGAUCAUUUUUUUGUAUAUAGGUUGAUUAUGAUGUCAGCUUGGUGUUUAAAAAAGAAUUUGAGAAUUUAGCCAACAGUAGAAGAAGUUAUGAACUGAUGUUUCGGACCCUUUAUAAUGUCGAGGUCAUGUUGAAAAAUUGACUUUUUUCGAAUAGUCGAUGGUUAUAAUAAGGUGGUUUUUUGUGUGUUGAGGUUUAUUAUGAUGUCAGUUUACUGUUUAAAAAAGAAUUUGAAGAUUUAGCUUACGGUAGAAAAAGUUAUGAACUGAUAUUUCGGACCAUGUAUAAGGUAUAGACGACUUUAAAAAAGUCUGGGUUUUCUAGUAAAAAUUGUUGAAUUUUGGGUGGAAUUGAGUUGAUAUAGAUAUCAGAGACUAUCAGCUCUCUAAAAAAUAUUAUUUUCAGUCUCCAACUUCCACCCAGAAAGGUGUAUCCCGAGAUUUCGUUCCGCUGCGACGAAACCGAACAGGUCAGCACUCCCGGCUUUCCCUUCGACAAAUACGAACUGGAAUCGGGCCCAUUGGCAGAAUACAUCCUCAACAGACGCGACCCCUCCUGUUGCUGGCAAUUAUUCGUCAACAACUCGUACAAUCGGCCCGGCAUCGGGUUCCCUUUCGGCUACAUGAAGGCGGCGUCGAACCUGCAAACGGUGAAUGUGUUCAUAUUCCCAUACAACUACCCAUUGCUCUUCGCCAUCAUCGAGGAAUGCAAAGAGGAGAAGAAUCGCACCACGGAAGAGUUCAAACAGAAAGUGGAACGGUAUUUUCGAACAAUUCCCAGCUAUUAUAUUGUGGUAGGUAUUAGAUGUUUUUUUUGGAUUUUUUUGGAAAUUUGCGGGGUUGGAUUGCAAUUUUUUUGCAUUUAUUUGUAAAUCAAGGGUAGUAGAGGUCCUGUGAAGAUGAAAUAAUCCAAAUUUGAGAAUAAAUUUAUAUUACUUUAGGCAAAAAUUGAUGAUAUUUUUUCUUUUUUGAUAAUUUUUUGGCGAUUUCAAAUGGUAUUUGUAAUAAAAAUAGUAUUUUGUUUAAUAUCAGAUAGAAAUAGCGGGAAUUUGAGGCUAAAUUUAUAUUAUUUUAGGCAAAAAAUUAUGAUUUUUUAAGAAUUUUAUAUUUUUUUGCCAUUUAAACCUCUAAAAUUGAUAUACAACCACUUUUCAGCCCCUUCGGAAGGUCCUAGCGAAAUACCCGAUCCAGCAUCCAAUGCUGGACGACUCCAAACCCUUCCAUUUCCUCCAUUUCACGGUAAUGCAGGCGGUCAGCAAGGCCAAAACGCAAGGCAAAGAAGACUUUGAGAAGACGUGCACGGAGAUCCAAAAAAUGGAAAGGAAACCCUAUUUCACGGCCACGAUGACCCUACCAAUGGCUCCGGUGGUGAAAAGUGCAGUCCCCGAGACCUUGAAUCAACGCAAAAUCGGCCAUCUGACCAGCUACAAACAACAAAUUCAACCGCUUUAUAAGGAUGCAACGGUAGGUUUUUAGUGGCCGAUUUUUUUUUGAUUGGUUUUUGCACUGUGCAAAAAUGUAGGCUUUUUUCAAUUUGGAAAUUGCACUGUGCAAAAAUGUUGGCUUUUUUCAACUGCGGAAUUGCACAGUGCAAAAUUCUAGGCUUUUUUCAACUACGAAAUUGCACUGUGCAAAACCGUAGGCUUUUUAGAACUAGAAAAUUGCACUGUGCAAAAAUGUAGGCUUUUUUCAAUUACGAAAUUGCACUGUGCGAAAAUAUAGGCUUUUUUGAACUGGAAAACUGCACUGUGCAAAAAUGUAGGCUUUUUUCAAUUGCGAAAUUGCACUGUGCAAAAAUGUAGGCUUUUUUUCAACUAGAAAACUGCACUGUGCAAAAAUGUAGGCUUUUUUCAAUUGCGAAAUUGCACUGUGCAAAAAUGUUGGCUUUUUUCAACUGCGGAAUUGCACAGUGCAAAAUUCUAGGCUUUUUUCAACUACGAAAUUGCACUGUGCAAAACCGUAGGCUUUUUAGAACUAGAAAAUUGCACUGUGCAAAAAUGUAGGCUUUUUUCAAUUACUAAAUUGCACUGUGCGAAAAUAUAGGCUUUUUUCAAUUACGAAAUUGCACUGUGCGAAAAUAUAGGCUUUUUUGAACUGGAAAACUGCACUGUGCAAAAAUGUAGGCUUUUUUCAAUUGCGAAAUUGCACUGUGCAAAAAUGUAGGCUUUUUUUCAACUAGAAAACUGCACUGUGCAAAAAUGUAGGCUUUUUUCAAUUGCGAAAUUGCACUGUGCGAAAACGUAGGCUCUUUUCAACUAAAAAUUUGCACAGUGCAGACACGUAGGCUUUUUUCAACUACGAAAUUGCACUGUGCGAAAACGUAGGCUUUUUAGAACUAGAAAAUUGCACUGUGCAGAAAUUUAGGCUUUUUUCAACUAUGAAAUUGCACUGUGCAAAAAUUUAGGCUUUUUUCAACUACGAAAUUGCACUGUGAGAUUUUUUUAGGGAUAGUCGUUUGAUCUCGAAAAAAAUCGCUGGUGUGUAAAGCUGAGACCUCAAAAUUUUAUUUUAGGUAGCGAUCACCCCCACUCGGAUCUCCAAAGACACUGCCCAACGCUUUUUGAACCCGUAUCUGGUGGAACGAGAGGAUAUUGUCGAUCAGUUGGAGCGAAUGCGGGUCAAUCUGGAGCUGAACCUGAACAAUUCGGCCAUCCCAGUGCUGGAAGGCGGAAUUCCGGGCCAAAGAAUUCGUCUGCAGCACGCGGAAGAUCUUCACGCACAGCCCAUCCAAAAAAUGGGCGAUUUCAACCUGUACGCGAAACGCCUCGCCGACAUUGGGUUCGCCCCAAUGCGCGAUUUCGAACCCCCUCAAGCCAAGCCGCACGCCUUCGGAAACCCAUUCAAGCUGGACAAAAAGUCGAUGGCCGUGGAUGAGGUCCCACCAGAUCUAAAUGAAGGCCCCGACACCGCACAAAUGCCCCAAAACAACGGAAAUGGAAAAGAGAAGGACAAGAAGAAAGGCGCCACCGAAACACCAAGUGGAAAUCCGAGAAUGAUGAAGCGACGGGUUGGGCCGUUGGAUCGAGAAGCCCUGAUGAGGUGGAGGUACGAAAAUGAAGGGGAGAGAAGAUGAAUGUAGUGGGAUUAGAGAGUUGAAAGGGACGGUAUAGGACCUGGAAGUAAUAUCAGAGAGUUUUAGAAGGUUUGGAAGAGAAAAAAAUAUGAAAUUUGGGAAAAAUUUAGAUCUGGACCAUAUUUUAGACAAAAUUGUUGGAUUUUUUGGCCAAGUUUAGAUUAUUUUGAAGAAAUAAGGAGGUUUAUAGUAACUCAGAGGCUUUUGUAAUAGAUUUUAGUUACUUUGGAGUUUCCAUUUUGGGUUGAUUAAUCAAAAAAUUUGAAUUUUUCCAGGCAACGCCGGCUUUCGAACUAUUCGGACGCCGAGUCCGUGGUCUCAGACCUCGGCUAUACGGGCGAUUUGGACAACGAAAUUGACGCGAAACGCCCGCGAUACGCGGCGUCGGAGCCGGGCGACCUGGCGCCGAACAUCGAAGAGGAGGAGGAAAUGCCAGAAGAAGAAGAAGACGAGCAGCCCGAACAAGAGAACUUUUCCAUAAUUUCGGACGAGGAAAUGGGCAGCUACAACGUGCCAGCCGGCUGCACCACCACCCCAUCCCCAUCAUCGGUGACGUCGGAGGAUUCGGGCGUCCGAAUGGACGAUGUGAUCGAAGAGGAGGCCAAAAAACCAACGAAAAGACUGCUGAAUGGCAAGGAUAAUGUCGAAACACCCGAGAAAAAUGGAAACAACGGCAAUGUAGCGGAUGAAAAUGAACCGCAAGAGGAGGUGGAAGUGGCGAAAAAGAAGAAAAAGAUGGUCAUAGAGUCGAGCGAAGAGGAGGAGGAAGCCGAGACAUUGGAUGAGACGGAUAAGAUAAAUCGAAGCGCAGAGUCGGAAGAGACGGAAGAAGAAGAUGAAAGUGGCAAGGAACAAAAGCCAAAGCCUUCAAAUAGCGAUGAGGAAAGCGAGGGAGAGAUCGGCGAAGACUCGAUACCAAUGCUGGCCAGAUAUCCGAAGGUCAAGGAGGUAGAAGAGGAAAAGCAAUUUAAAUACGAUGCCAGGGAAGAUUUGGUGAAGGGAUUCAGGGAAGAGCAUUUGAAAAGUGUAAGGAAUACUUUGGUGCAUCUAUUUUGACGGAAAUUUUGGGUGGGAGCCAAGUUUGAGAGUCGAUUUAUAUUGUACUUGACAUCUGAUGUAGAUUAUAGUUUUGGGGGUAAGGGAUAUUACUGCGAGGUAAAUAUCUAUUUGGCUGGUUUUUAAGAAGAACGGCGAGUUAUAUUGUACUUGACAUCAGAUGUCUAGAGUAAUAUAAGGUGCCGGAAUAAAGUUUGAUUGUUGCGUAACCACGUCAGUGAUGUCUAAAGCCCUAUAUUUUUUGUUUAGAGACUCUUUUGUUAUGUUUUAGUGAAUAUUGAGAAGUUAUACUGCAUUUGACAUCAGAUGUCAAGUGUAAUAUAAAAUCAAAAGUCUGUGUUUGAAUCUUGAAAAUUGCUGUCAAAUGGGAACUAGACAUCAUGAUAGGAGACUGUGAAAAAUUUUAGACCAUUUACUGUACUACAAACUCGGUAAAAACAUGUUUAAUUUACCCUACUUUAGAACAAGUACGUCAAGAAGCAAAAACCUCAACAGAACGGUGAUCUCAACGGAAUUCUCGAAGAUGAUGGAAGUUGCGUCGUCGUGGAAGGCAUAUACGUCCCAUUAGCAUCAUCCGAUGAUGAAGAAGCGGCCUACGUACCCGACAAAGAACCAAAAUACAUGACGCGGGCGCGGCUGGAAAAGAAAAUCAAAACCGAGCCGAGGAAAAAGGAAAAGUCGAACGCCAGAAACGGCAAAAAACGCGGCAGCGAUGACGGCGAAGACGAUGAGGAAGGCGAAAAUUCCGAUUCAUCGUUCUCGUCCUCGGAGGACGAGGAAGAAAUUGCGCAAAAAAAGGAGCAGCAAAAGCUGCUGGACGAAUGUUUUGAUUACGGAAGGGAGAAAUCGCCCUCAAUAGAAGAGGAAAAGGUCGGAAUACGACUACCGCUCGGUCAGGACGACCUACCAAGCUGUAGCAAUCAAAUUGAGUCGCCGGAAGUCGCGGCAGACCCGGUGAAACACCAACAAGAUUCGCCGGUUCUGAGCCGAAUCGAGAUGGUCGAACUGAGGUGCACGAUCAGGUGCGCGGUCAGAAAUCAUAGCAGAGGUGAGGGAGGCUGUAUGAAGGAGAUUUGGAGGGUUAGAGUUGAUGAAAAUGGGAUUUUUUAGAAUUUGCGGCGAUUUUAGUGGAUAAAAUGAAAGUUUUGAGGAUUUUGGCGGAUUUAGUAGAGAAUUGAAGUGUUUCACAGACGAAUCAGGCUAUUUGAUUGAUGAGCUAUGAAGUUUCAUCGAUGAAUUUGAGCGUUUCAUCAAUGAAAUUGAGAGCUUUUGGUGGGAAAUUGAUGAUUUUUUACGAAUUUCACGGUUAUUUUUUAUGAGUUCGGCGUCGGGGAGCGACGAUUGGGGAAACUGAAAAUUAUUAUUUUUCUUCGAUGCAAGUGCCGAAGUUAGGAUAAUCGAUGGCGCUGAUUUCGAAAAUGACAUUCAUUUUUUUUGAUCGUUACUUUUUUUCCGUAAGUGGUACUGUAAAGUAGUAAUUUUUUGACCUUUUUCACAAAUACUCGAUUUAGGGGUUUUCGAUAGUGCUGAUUCUGAAAAUCUUAUUCAUGUUUUGAUUUGGAAUCAACGGCACCACGACAUUUCCGGAAUUUGGACACUUCCGGAAUGGCGGAAUAGUGACACUUCCGGAAUGGCGGAACAGUGACACUUCCGGAACCGGGGAAAAAUCAAAGAAGAGGCUUAGACCUGCCGUCUGAACCAUCUGACUGGAUUUAUUGUUAUUAAUCUCAAAAAUUUUGUUAUUUUUUUUUCUGAUUGUUACUUUUUUCUUAAGUAGUAGUGUUAAAAAGUAAUUUUUUGCGAUUUUUCCAAAAAUACUGGAUUUAGGGGUUUUCGAGGGUGCUGAUUUCGAAAAUCAUGUUAGCUUUCCUCUUCAUAGUACUAUCUGGUACUAUACAGUACGAAGUGAAAAUAUGGCUUUCGGCGUUAAUGGUGUUGUUUUGAUGCUUGGUACUCCUCAAAAACGCGUUUUAAAUAAUUGGUACUGUUUAGUACUGUCUGGUACUGUGUAGUACAAGGUAAAAAUUUGGCCUUUAGGCGUUAGUGGUGUUGUUCUGUUCCUUAGUACUCCUAUUUUCACCUUGUACUACAUAGUACCAGACAGUACUAAACAGUACCAAUUAUUUAAAACGUGUUUUUGAGGAGUACCAAGCAUCAAAACAACACCAUUAACGCCGAAAGCCAUAUUUUCACUUCGUACUGUAUAGUACCAGAUAGUACUAUGAAGAGGAAAGCUAACAUGAUUUUCGAAAUCAGCACCCUCGAAAACCCCUAAAUCCAGUAUUUUUGGAAAAAUCGCAAAAAAUUACUUUUUAACACUACUACUUAAGAAAAAAGUAACAAUCAGAAAAAAAAUAACAAAAUUUUUGAGAUUAAUAACAAUAAAUCCAGUCAGAUGGUUCAGACGGCAGGUCUAAGCCUCUUCUUUGAUUUUUCCCCGGUUCCGGAAGUGUCACUGUUCCGCCAUUCCGGAAGUGUCACUAUUCCGCCAUUCCGGAAGUGUCCAAAUUCCGGAAAUGUCCUGAUGCGGAAUCAACACUAUCGAAAACCCCGAAAUAGAGUACUUGCGAAAAAAAAUCAAAAAAUUACUACUUUAUUACUUUAGUACUACUUAAGAAAAAUAGUAACGAUCAAAAAAAUUAAUGUCAUUUUCGAAAUCAGCGCCAUCGAUUAUCCUAAUUUCGACACUUACAUCAAAGAAAAGUAAUACUUUUCGGUUUCCCCAAUCGUCGCUCCCCGACGCCGAACUCAUAAAAAAUAACCGUGAUAUUCGAAAAAAAUCAUCAAUUUGCCACCAAAAACUCUCAAUUUCAUUGAUGAAACCCUCAAAUUCAUCGAUGAAACUUCAUAGCCCAUCAAUGGAAUAGCCUGAUUCGUCAAUGAAACACUUCAAUUCUCUACUAAAUCCACCAAAAUCCUCGAAACUUUCAUUUAUCCGCUAAAAUCGCCUCAAAUUCUAAAAAAUCCCAUUUUCAUCAACAAAUUCCAUUUUCAUCACUUCCAACUAACUACAACCCUCUGAAUCUGCGUCGAAUUUUUCCCCGAUUGACCUACAUUCAUUCUAUUUUAGCCUAUGACGCCUAUUCAACUAUCAAAUCCCAAUCCCAACGGACCUCAGUCCGAGAACAACUCCAAAUUCUCUCGUUCGCCAAAACGGAGGCCUCAAUGCAUCGCCGCACCGACCUAGAGAAACAAUUAGACGCCGACAUUGCCCGAUUGAAUCAACUGAUCUUGGUCGAGGACCACAUCCACCAGUCGCUGGACGACUCUGCACCCCCCAAAUCCCGGUCCAUAUCAUCUUCGCCCGCCCGCUCCGAACCCGACGACACCUCUUAA